UUUAGAAUCUAAGCAUAAUAUGCAAAAUUUUAAAUGUUUUCAUCCUUCAUUCAGCUUUCAGUUCUUAACCAGUCCUUAGGAGGAAGAUUAAACAAUGCAUUUUUUUUUCUUUGUCUUUGUAGGCUGGCCAGACUCUUCAUCUUCAGAUGUCUCAACACCAGUUCUCUGCCCAAGCCUUGCUUGAUGCCAAAAACCAAAUGUUACUACUGCAAGACAAACUCAAUCAAAAGGAUCAAAAGAUUUUGGAGUUGCAGAGAGAUGUUGCACAUAGAUCUGAGGUGGCGAUAACACGGCAACAUCUUGACCGUGUGGAAAUUGAGAAAGUUCAGCUUAGAUCUAUGUUGUCCGAGCUUAAGGCUGAGAACAAACGACUCCAGUGUGCCAUAGAGGGGUACCAAGUUGAACUCAGGUCCUUACAGGAGGGUAGGGAUGAGUUACAGAGCUUGACUUCAGACUUGGAUAUGCUAAUUCAGGAUAGAGAAAGGUACCGUAAGGAGGCAGAGACUGUGGCUGAUUUACUGCGCCAGAAUAAUUCUCAUUUGGCAGAAACACAGAGUAAGGUAACUGAUUAUGAACACCUUGUAGCAGAGUUGACGCAAAAAUAUGAGCAAUCAGAUAUGUGCUUGAAAUCUACUAUGCAAGAUCUUGAUAUGUUGAAAUUAGAAAAUGGCCGCUUACGGCAGAAACUAGAUUCAUUUCAUGGAGAUCUGGAAUUCUGUAAAGAGGAGAUUCCAUCCAUUCACCAUGAAUUUUUGAAAGCCUCCAGCCUGGUGGCUGCUGUUGAUCUCUCAGAACCAAAAAGUGUGUCUAACGAAAGCAUUGAAGUAUCUGUGAUUGAAAGUGACGGUGUUAGUCUUGUUAAAAUGCAUGAAGACAGUGAAAACAGUCCAGCUGAUACCAGUUUGUCUUUGCAAAAUUCAGCCACUCAAUCAGACAACAAUGAAUCGGAUAAUAUUGUCACGUCCUCCUCACCUCCACAAUGUGCUACUGCAGAGGUAUUCAAUACCACCAACGUGCCUAACAAAGAAGACAGCACGUUGAAAUCAGCGGUUAUUUCUGACAUUGAAUUACGACUGAGUGAACUGGAAGCUUUAAACGAUAGGCUGAAAACCGAAAAAGACCAGUUAUUGCAAGAUUUUGAAGACUUAACGAAUAACAUUGAACUCCUGAAAUUGGCAGAGGAAGAAAAAGAAGUUGAACGAAAAAAACUGCAGGAGCAGGUUGAAAUCUUGACAAUGGAAGUCCAUACAUUAAAUUUAUCUUUGAAUGCCAAAACCAAAGAGCUGGAAGACACAACUAUACUGUCUGAUAAGCUGAAGAUGGAGAUUGUUGGUGAUGGUCAAACUGAGAUUUUGUCAAAGAAGUUACAGGAAGAGGAACAGGAGAGGGAGGCAGUCAUAGCUCAAUUGUCACAAAUUCGGGCACUUUUGUCCAGUGAAACUGAAUUGCCCGAAGACUGGAACACUUACGAAAUCUUUGCUUCAUUCAUUGGGGCCAAAACAGAAGAAGUUACGAAACUAGCAGCAGAAAAGACUGAAAUGGAGUGUGUGACCGCUGAACUAGAAACACAGGUUCAGAAAUUGAAAAGUGAGAUUGCAUGUAGCAAGAAUGUGAGAGAAGAAUUGGAAGAAAUGACAAGGAAAUUUGAUAACAUACUCACAGAAAACACUGAAUUGUUGAAUAAAAAGGAGACAGUUUCAGAAGAGCUAGUGAGGGUGCAAACUCAGCAUAUGGAAGCCCUGAAUGAAUUGUCACAAAUUCAGGCACUUGUGUCCAGUGAAACUGAAUUUCCCAAAGACUUGAACACUUACGAAAUCUUUGCUUCAUUCAUUGCUGCCAAAACGGAAGAAGUUACGAAACUGGCAGCAGAAAAGACUGAAAUGGAGCAUGUGACCGCUGAACUAGAAACACAGGUUCAGAAAUUGAAAAGUGAGAUUGCAAGUAGCAAGAAUGUGAGAGAAGAAUUGGAAGAAAUGACAAGGAAAUUUGAUAACAUGCUCACAGAAAACACGGCCUUGUUGAAUGAAAAGAGCACAGUUUCAGAAGAGUUAGUGAGGGUGCAAACUCAGCAUAUGGAAGCCCUGAAUGAAUUGUCACAAAUUCAGGCACUUGUGUCCAGUGAAACUGAAUUUCCCAAAGACUUGAACACUUACGAAAUCUUUGCUUUAUUCACUGCUGCCAAAACGGAAGAAGUUACGAAACUGGCAGCAGAAAAGACUGAAAUGGAGCGUGUGACUGCUGAACUAGAAACACAGGUUCAGAAAUUGAAAAGUGAGAUUGCAUGUAGCAAGAAUGUGAGAGAAGAAUUGGAAGAAAUGACAAGGAAAUUUGAUAACAUACUCACAGAAAACACGGCCUUGUUGAAUGAAAAGAGCACAGUUUCAGAAGAGCUAGUGAGGGUGCAAACUCAGCAUAUGGAAGCCCUGAAUGAAUUUUCACAAAUUCAGGCACUUGUGUCCAGUGAAACUGAAUUUCCCAAAGACUUGAACACUUACGAAAUCUUUGCUUCAUUCAUUGCUGCCAAAACGGAAGAAGUUACAAAACAGGCAGCAGAAAAGACUGAAAUGGAGCGUGUGUCUGCUGAACUAGAAACACAGGUUCAGAAAUUGAAAAGUGAGAUUGCAUGUAGCAAGAAUGUGAGAGAAGAAUUGGAAGAAAUGACAAGGAAAUUUGAUAACAUGCUCACAGAAAACACGGCCUUGUUGAAUGAAAAGGAGACAGUUUCAGAAGAGCUAGUGAGGGUGCAAACUCAGCAUAUGGAAGCCCUGAAUGAAUUGUCACAAAUUCGGGCACUUUUGUCCAGUGAAACUGAAUUGCCCGAAGAC